ACUUUUUCUUGCACUUAGGGUGAAAUUGAGUAGAAUAAUCUUUUCAAAGAGUCUAGAAUUACCACAAUACGGAGAGCCUUACACUGAUUUCAGGACUAUAUUUUAAAUAUUUGUUUAUAGUUAAAAAUUAAACACAAGCAAGUAUCUAAGGUGGAGAGAAUUUGAGAUAAAGAAGCUGUUCUGCAUGCACAGAUUUUCUUCAUCAUGAAACAAGUAUCAGUUCUUUUGUUUAUAUUAUACCUGACACAUCAUGUUUUUGCAGAAAUGCAAGAGAGUUACUUGAUAGAGGAAUGUGUGAAGAACAAUUACACAGACCAUUCUUGUGAGAAAGGUUUUUGUCAGCCUUGGCAGAAGUGCGUGGAAGGAACCUGUCUCUGUAAACUACCUUACCAGUGCCCCAAAAAUGGCACUAAAGUUUGUUCCAGUAAUGGGAGGAGCUUCCUAAAUUAUUGUCAGCUAAAAAGUUUUGAAUGUCGCUAUACAUUAAGCAAAUUUAUGAGCAGGGGCAGUUGUAACCCUGGAGCUCAUUUUAACAUUCUCUUGGAUCCUAAAAAUGCAAGCUCGGAAGGAAUUAUUCAAGUUAAGCUGAACAACUCAGUGAAAGCAUUUGUAUGUGGGAAUGGAUUAAGCAUGAAUGAAGCAAAUGUGGUCUGCAGAAAUCUUGGUUUUGCAGAAGGAGCUGAUAGCAAAGAAUCUGUUGAAACAGAUGAGGACCAGAAUUCACUGGAAUGCCUUAAAGCAACUUGCAGAGGGAUAGAGACGAGUCUAGCCGAAUGUGGUUUAAGUAGAUUGAGUUUGACCAGUGGGAAGUUGGCUAAGGUGAUAUGCCAUACAGAACACAGAGGCUGUAACUCCAGGGAAUUCCGCUGUGUCAAUGGAAAAUGUAUCCAUUCAGAUAAAACGUGUGAUGGAAUCAAUGACUGUGGUGACCUAAGUGAUGAAUUAUGUUGCAAAGCCUGCAGGAGGAACAGUUUCCAUUGUAACUCAGAUGUGUGUAUUCCAAACAGCCAGGUCUGUAAUAACGAAUUGGAUUGCCUAACAGGAGAAGAUGAACAUCACACAUUGUGUGAUGAAACUGGCAAAACUAUGGAAGAAGAAACAAAAGGAAGAGGAAGAAAAGGAGGCAACAAAGGAGGAUCAGAAGAAGAAGAAAGAAUAUUACGCAACAAAGAAGAAGCAAAUCAUGUGAUAGAAUCCAUGGAUGAAGAAAGAAAAAAGAUAAAGACUUACUUCCCCGUACUAUCCUGUGGCAUUUCAAACUACACGAAUACUCGUCGGAAGAGAAUCGUAGGUGGAUUUACUGCAGAACUGCAUGAAUUUCCUUGGCAAGUGGCUAUUAGAGGUGAAGGGGAGAGAGUGAACUGUGGUGGGGUGUACAUCGGAGGCUGUUGGAUUUUGACCGCCGCACACUGUGUUCGGAGGAGCCGUCUCCAUGUUUAUAGGAUUUGGACUGGAAUGUUAAACUCAAUAACGUUCAAUACUGGGAUAGAAACAUUUUCUUUAAAGCAAAUAAUAAUACAUGAGCACUAUAAUGCCAAAACAUAUGAAAAUGAUAUUGCUUUGCUGGAGAUGAAAACUAAAAAUGAGGGGACUCCUUGUUCUCCACCACGUACUCUGCCAGUAUGCAUUCCCUGGUCACAGUAUAUGUUCAAAGGUGGUCAUCAGUGUAAAGUGUCUGGCUGGGGACUUGAUGAAGAAUUUACAAGGCAAUAUACUCUUAAGUGGGGCUACAUUUCUCUAAUGGAUAACUGUUCGGAAAUCUACAAGAAACGAUAUUUCAAAGGAAUGGAAUGUGCUGGUACCCAUGAUGGUUCUGUAGAUUCCUGUAAAGGUGAUUCAGGAGGACCUUUGGUUUGUUAUGACCUUAAUAAUGUGGGAUAUCUUUGGGGUGUUGUGAGCUGGGGUGAAAACUGUGGAGAAAAGGGGCAUCCUGGUGUUUAUACAAAAGUGGCACUUUAUUUUGAUUGGAUUAUUCGUCAUACUGGAAUAUCUAUCGUUUCCAAAUAUAAUUUGUGAUUGUUACAAUGCAAAUAUUUCCCCUUUCUACCUGUGUUAAUGAAACAAAGAUCAGCUAGAAAACCGGUGGCUCAAUUCAGCAAAUACUAAGCAUUUGAAGUCCAAAUGAUUUAACUGACAGACUACUACAGUUCUUGUAGAGUCUGAAACUUUUUUUUUUUUUGGAUGCCUUUGAGUCAGUCUUGAUUCCUGGCAACUGACUGGAAUAAUCCCUGCAA